AUGCUUGUUUUGGAUCCGGAUAAGAGGUUUCAAAACUCCCAGAUUUUUUUUUUGAAAAUAUUACUCGAUCCAGAUUAUUUCACGCUGUAUGUAUUUUCAAUUAUAAAGGGCGAAUUACAAAAAAUAAAAGAUUUCAUAUUUUAAAAAAUUAAUGAAUUUCUGUGCUUUAACUUGUCCAAUUCUUUGAACUUAUUUUUUUCUUUUUCAAAAAUUUCCGGAAUUUUUUUAAAGUCUGCACUUUUAAUUUGUGUUCUGCAUGAAAAAGUUUCUACAGCGAUAUGCGCUUUUUCUUUCCUGGACGCGAAUUUUUUUAUUGUAGCUUGAAAGUGAUUUUUUUUCUCUAUGAUUUUUUUCCUGACUAGAUCUAUUGAGAAAACUUAUCGAAAGCCCUUGAAAAGAGUUUCAUUAAAUUUUCACUUCCUACAAUUUAUUGUGGUUUUUUUGGCUUUACGCUGAAUUUAUUAAAAAUUCCUUUUUCUGUAUGAUUGUUAACUUUUUCAAAAAAGUUUCAUUCUCCAUCAUUUUUUUUCUUCAGAAUAUCCGUGGAUGAGGCAUUACGUCAUGACUAUCUCAGAGAAUACUACGCGCCUCACGAUGAACCCGUCGCCGACAAACCGGUUCGAUCCUUUCAAAUUCUGAGACCUCAAUUCGCCCUUUCUGGCAACUUUUCGAAAAAUCUUUCUAGUUGAUCUAUUGACGAUGUAUGUAGAAGUUUGCUCAGUGGUCUGCGAAUGUUUUUAUUUCGCGGUCAUUCCGAUCUUUCAUCUUUUCCCCGUUCAGGUUGGUGUCGACGCCGCCGAAGAGGCCGCCGUCACGAUCGACGAUUGGAGACGUUCGUUUUUUUUUCUUCAUACUUUUGAAUCGAUUAGUGUUUAAGCUGUUAUCAGAGCAUGAUGGAAUUUUUCUUGGAUUAAUGGGAAAUCUCUGAGGAAAAAAGCUUUUAAAGAUUAUUGAAAAAAAAAACAUCAAAAAAAACAUUCUUGAAUAAAAUAAGCGGAUAUGGGCGGUUGUAGCAAAAAAGAUUUUAGCCAAAACUUUCAACUCUGUUGCUUUCUUCUGUCAUUUCGAAUGUUUAUCCGAUUUUUUAUUUUAAAAGUAGCGCCGUUUGCACAGCAAAACACUAAGGUCUUUCAUUUGCUUGGACGUACAUCAAAAAGUACUCGGGCAAAACGGAAAAGCUCCUCAAAAUUUAGAUUGAUUGUUCAAUAGAGCAACAAUGUGAUGGGCGGAAACAGUUUUAUGUUGCAAAAUAGUAAAAAGAAAAAGAGCUUUUUGUGGUUAUGAGACGCAUUUCGCAUCAAAAGUAGUAUUAUUUUAGUGUCCCGUUUGUUCGAUAGAUUUCUUUCUGUUUACAAUAUUCGCCUGUUUCAGAUCUCAUAUGGCAGGAGAUCCAGCUGUUCCAGGCUUCUGGUCGUCGUCUCAGCUACAAUUCUUCCAACGAAAACCGAAGUCUUUCUGACAGUUCCAACGGCUUCAUGAUGGGCGACGAGAGCACGACUCCAAUGGAAGAAUCCUCUUCUUUCUGA